CCGAUAUCGAUAACCAUCUUGUUUAGUCAAAGGGAAAACAGAGGGAAACAAAGCAAAGCAGUGGGAAAGAAAAACUUGUGAGAAGAGAAACGUAGAAGGCCAGAGCAUCAAAAAGCAGGAACGGUUUGAAUUUGAUUGCAAAUCACGAGAGAUAGAGCAAGAUCAGGAUGAACAACGGAUUCAGCACCGGUGAGGAGGACAGCCGUGGUCAUACGGACCAAACCUGCUGCCUGAUCGACGACAUGGAGCGAUGUCGCAACCAAGCCGGCUAUGCCAGCUACUCCAAGCGGAUCCAGAAGACGGUGGCCCAGAAGCGGCUCAAGCUCAGCAGUGAUCCGGCCGCACAGCACAUCUACAUCUGCGACCACCACAAGGAGCGCAUACAGUCGGUGCGCACGAAAAGACGCCGCAAGGACAGCGAGGACGACAGCAAUGAGACGGACACGGAUCUGCACGAAUUUCCAGAUCUCUAUCAGCUGGGCGUGAGCACGCUGCGUCGCUACAAGCGCCACUUCAAGGUCCAAACGCGGCAGGGAAUGAAGCGGGCACAGCUGGCAGAUACCAUUAUGAAGCACUUCAAGACAAUACCCAUCAAAGAGAAGGAAAUCAUCACGUUCUUUGUUUACAUGGUGAAAAUGGGCUCGAAUAAGCUGGACCAGAAAAACGGCCUUGGCAACGACACCACCUGAAGGCGCGUCGGCGGGCGUAGGGAGGAAGACGACGCCGACGACGUCUACUCCUUCUAACGCUGGCCAACCGCCAAUUAACACAUCUCACAUUGUUGCUGCAUUUGCUGGACGUCAGCAUUGUUCACCCGAAUAAGGAAAAAAACGAAAAUACUGAUAGCGAAAUGUCCUUCUCAUCUUUAAAUCCAAAACUUACACUUAAACCUACACCACUGCCCAAAAUCCUUUCCUCAACUUCUUCCCGGAAUACGAAUAAUAUUCAACAUAUAACAUAUAAUUGCAAUGAAAGAAUGUAAGGAAAAAGGCAACUGGUGCUCCCAAAAAAUAUUAUAGCGCGAUAAAAACUAAUCAUAAACUAAACAAACAAAAUUUACAAAACUAAUUGUAGCCUUGGUCCGUUGUUAAUAGCUCUAUAUACACGCAUUACAUUAAAUAAACUAUGUAAAUUUACAAGAAAA